AGACAUGGGGUUUAGCGCAUGCGCCAGAUUGAACAGCCGCUUCCGGCGGGUGGAUGGCGCCUGUCGGCAGCUCGAAUGUCGCUUCUUCGAGACACGAUGGACGAGGACUUUUUGCUGGCCCUGCAGUUGCAGGAGGAAUGGGAAGCGGAGGACGCGGAGGUGCGGGUUCAGACGAUCUCCUCUGAUCCUCCUCGGCCACUCUCGCUGAUAGACGAUGCCUGGGAGUUGCUGGACCCGAACCCCGACGUGAGGGGCCUCUUUCUGCAGUUCAACGAGACCCUCUUCUGGGGGCGCCUGGCGGCGGUGGAAGUAAAAUGGAGCCCGCGCAUGACUCUGUGUGCUGGAGUUUGCUGCUAUGAAGGUCAUGGUGGAAUGUGCUCCAUCCGACUAAGUGAACCACUUUUAAAAUUACGGCCAAGAAAAGAUCUUGUUGAGACUCUCCUGCAUGAAAUGAUUCAUGCCCUAUUGUUUGUUACUAAUAAUGACAAGGAUCGCGAGUCCCACGGUCCAGAGUUCUGCAAACAUAUGCACCGGAUAAAUCGCUUAACAGGAGCCAAUAUUACGAUCUAUCAUGAAUUUCACGAUGAGGUGGAUUUCUAUCGUCAGCACUGGUGGCGUUGUAAUGGACCAUGUCAAAAUAGGAAGCCUUAUUAUGGCUAUGUAAAACGUGUAAUGAAUAGGGCACCAUCUGCCAAUGACUAUUGGUGGGAAGAGCACCAAAAGGGGUGUGGAGGAACAUUUAUCAAGGUCAGAGAGCCCAACAAUAGCUCCAAGAAGUGCAAAAAGAAAGAUGAUCAAGCAAAAAUCCUAAAUGAUGAUUCACGAAAAGCUCAUGGAAGCAGCAUACAGAGCAUAAUACCUUUUAGUGGGAAAGGAUAUAUCCUUGGAGGAAAAAGAAGUGAAUCAUCAUUAAAGGGAGCUAUAAGUCCAAGCAUUAAGACCAGAGAACUGAUCCAGUCACAAUAUCAUUCACCUGCUGGUUCAUUUAGGUCAAAUCCUAAAAAUGAAAUCAAGUUUGAGCAAAAUAUUUCCUGCACAACCGUUUCCUCUCCGUUUUCUCAGAGCGGUUCUGAAAAUAGUUCUGCUUCUAGUGUCACAUUUCCUAGAUUUUCAGUUGCUAACCGUAAAGUUUAUACUAAUGUUAAUGGUUCACCAGUUAAAAAUACUUCUUUGGUUGGAAAAAGGUCAGAAUCAAAUUCUACAAAGGCUCUAACAGAUAUACCUCACAAAGGGACUCCAGAAACCACAAUUUCUGCAUCAGCUACAAUGACUCCAAGAUCCCAGUCGCCAUCUCAGAGAAAUAGCAACAUCCAUAAUGGUGGCCCAGCAAAACGAGCCAGAAUGGAAGAUUCAGUUAUGUUUGUCAACUAUUUUUUAAAGAAAGGAGAACUCAAGGAGACUAGAAAAACAGCAAUCUCAGAAACGUCCACUAGUGACCAAAAUAGAAAUGUAUGUUGCCCUGUCUGUCAAUCUGAAGUUUUGGAAACCAAAAUCAAUGAACACUUAGACCUCUGCCUCUGAAAUCUUUUAAUGUGAUUUAAAUCUAAAGCUGCUUUACCCAAGAAUUUUUUAUCUGUAUUUAUGCAGUGUUUUAUGGAGAAAAGUUUAUAUUCAAUUUAGUUUUGUAUAUGAAACUUUCCUCAGUUUGAAAGUUUUUUUCUCAGUACCUAUAUGCUAAUAACACAGAUAACACUGAAUGCAACAUAGCCUUGAGAAAAGUGUGUUUCUAAGAGACUGUCUCUUAGUUCUAUAAUAAUUUGAUCUGAUAUUUAACAAAAGGAAUAUGUAAGGUAAGAAAUUGGAAGUUUUUCUUUUGAGUUCAGAAUGGUUAUAUGGAUUAUAUCUUGUCUUAAUGUAAUUUUUGAUCAGGUAGAUGUUUUUCUAAAUCAUAAGUACAUAGGGAAGGCUAUGUCAUGCUACCAUUUCAUUUAUAAAGUGCCUGUUAGAAUGAUGUAUGCCUACUAUUAAUAACUUUUGAAACUUAUUUCCUCUGAGAUAGAAAUAUAUUCUUGCACACAACGCAGUUGAUUGUCAGCUAUUUGUACAAUUAAAAAUAAAUAACUUUUCAGAAAUAGCAUCAGAAGUAGAACUCUUUUCCAAAAAUAAAUCAUGAAUUUCAUAAUCUUACCUUUAAAUAAAAUUUAAAAUGUAACUUGUCUUUAUAGGUCAGUUAUGUUUUGGUGAUCUGAUGCAAUGCUCCUGUACUAGUUUUUGGUUUUGAACAGCGAUGUUAACAUAAGCAAGCAAACAUCUAUUCAGGCUCGUAUAUUAGUGUUGACUGGAAAACCUACAGUAGGCCACUGCUAUGAAAGGAACAGCAGUGGCAUCGCUCAGGUUCUUGCUCAUCUGAGAUUCUACCAGUCUGCUGGUGGUUGUUCCUUGUCAACAGCCUGGAAUGAUCAAUAAGUGACCAAUAAGGAGAGCAGUCGUUGCUUUGUUACACAUACACCUUUCUCUACAAUGACACAAUCAGUCUCAAAAAAUUAUUCAAAAUCCACUAAGCAAUUUUGAGUUGGAAAAAUAAAUAAGAAAGGCAUCCAAAUAGAAUGCAUUGAAAUAAUAGGUAAUAUAAAUUACUUCCAUUGUGGUUAUGCUACAUAUUUAUACAUGAUGAUGUUGGCAGAUUUAUGUUUGGGAAAUGUGACCUUGAUGCCAUCAAGAUCAACUUUAUAUGUAAGAUGCAGGUUGGCAAGAACCUUCAGCACAAUCAUAUUCAGAUUCAGACUCAGAUGGAAUGAGAAGAAGGAUCUAGAUCAGGGAUUCCCAACCCCUGGCUCGUGGAUUGGCACUGGUCUGCAGCAUGCCAGAAACCAGUCUGCGCAAACAAGCAUAGCCCCAUCCAUGGGAUGCAGGCAGUACAUGAAACCACGCCCCCUCCAGUCCGUGGAAAAAACUCCACGGAACCAGUCCCUGGUGCCCAAAAGAUUGGGGAUCACUGAUCUAGAUAAAAGGAAAUUUAGAGAAUCAAGAGAACCAAUUGUCCAAGGUGCUUAGAAAUAAUUUAAAAUAAUAUAAAUUCAAGUAGAACAUAAACUACAGUUAUUUGAAAGGUGCAUCAAACCAGUGUAGUGAAAAGACAAUAUGGAAAAACAAGCAGAAAAUUUGCCAAAACAAAUGUAAGUUGACAAUUAUUGGAUUGUGCUCUGUUAAAUAAGCUACAUUUUGGCUGGAUUCAAAUAAUACAUCAAAGCUACCCUGUACAAAAAAACAAAACUUUAGGGUAUUAAUAGCAGAUGUAUAUUUAUAUACAAAAAGCACAGGAUUGUUCCCAAAGCUGAUUGGAUUAUGGCAACAGAUCAAGGAACAAAAAAGUUAAAAAAUUCACUAGGUACAAAAAAAGGGAUGACUUAAAAACUUCACAUUAGAAUAUUGAGGUAAAUAGAAUAUGAAGCAACUUUUAAAAGAAGAAUCUGAAGAAAAAUGUAAAGGAAACCAUGGUUAUAAUCACAGGCAUCCAUGAAGGGGCCAAAGUGUUGGUCAUGUGUCAUGAUGCAAAAUCUACAACUUAUGUGCUUGCAUUAGACUGUGAUACAAACAUGUAAGGAUGGAGUUUGCCUCAUGACAUUAUCAUGUGAGGCAAAUAAUUGUUUUAUUAUAAUCUGUACAUUAUGUUCUAUCUAUGCCUUUUGGGUAAUGCGCCUUGAGUAUAAUUACUGGGUCUAGAUGGUAUCCAUCUGAAUUCAAUUGAUAUUGCUAAUUAACAAAAAUAUAUAAAACAAGCAUAGAACAAGCACUAAGUGACUUAUUCAAGUAACUGAUCAAAUUUAUUCAUUUUUAUUGUAACUAACUGUGUAGACAUAGUUGUUAUGAGGAAUCUCCAGAUUUACUAUACUGCACAACAAGAAUAUCACAUUAUUUACAUUUAAAAGCAAUGUAUAUAUAUCAUAGUCCAAAAGGCUGAUAGUUUACAUUUUUAUACUGUAGUUUUUUCUAAAUUGCAUUGUAUUUUACUGUUGUUUCUAUAUGUAUGGUUACUUGUAUACUCUUAUAGAGGGGUCUCCCUAAAUAUUAGAAAUAAUAAAAAUACAUCAGAAUACA